CUUGAGCUCAUCCGCACGAAUCUAAAUCCACACGUUCCGAUAAUUUCGUGUAUUUCACGUUGGGAAAAAAAUUGCCGAAAAAAUUCCUCGAGUCUCUCUCCACACCUCUCCCGGCCCCGACGAGACCUUGAGACGUCGGAAGUGUCAGAUAAAAAAAAAAGCCCACGAGACUCGAGCAAGUCCCCAAAAAUCUAGAACAUUCAACAUUUAAAAACUAAAAAAAAUCGUGAUUUAUCGAAUUUUUUCAAAGUGAUCAAGUGCAAUUCGAAUCGCUUCGGCUGCAUUGAGCCCUCGGUGGCGGGAAAAAUUCGAACAAAAAAAGGGAUUUAUGUGUACACGAUGGUCGAAUCGCUGAGUGAGAGGGAGAUGAGGAUAAUAAAAGUCAAAUAGAGAGUAAAGUGCGUCGUCGAUCGUUCGACUACGGGGCGUCCGUGUCUCUCUGUGUCUGUGUCUUUUUUUUUUUACUCAAAGAACGAAAAAAAUUUGAGCAUUCAUUCCCGCAACUGUGCACAGCUUUAACAAGAUAAAAAUAAAAAUAAAAAAAAUCCCCGGUUUCUAUUAAAUUAACUGACAAAUCUUCGAUUAAAAAUUUUAGUUUGAAAAAUUUUUUUUUGUUUGUGAUUUUUUUGUGAAGUUUCAUUCUGAGUGAUUAUGACCAAGGAUAAUUGAAUGAUCUUGAUACACUUGGGAUUACCAUGCUAGCUGUGGCCACGAGUUUCAGGUGGCCGCAGUCAAACGCUCAUUCAGAUGCACCCAAGUACUGUCCCCAAUAUGACAGUAAAAUAGAAGUGAAAAUACAAGCAUCUUCCCAUCGAUGCCAAUUUGCCAUGUUUAGGUGAGCGGGGAGGUAGGCGCUGACCGGUGGCGGCGGCGGCCAUGCGCCCCGGCCCGCCAUCACCGAGCCGUCGCAGGCCUGCCCGUCGCCAGCAGCACCAGCAUCCGUACAACAUAACAAGUAAUCGUCAUCAUCACCAUCGGAUUCUAGGCGAUAUUGGUAGCAUUAACACGUGGGCGAUCUUAUUUCUACUGCUACUCGUGUCGGGUCCCUGUCUCGCACUUAUUGAGACAUCAUACAAUCAGUUGGAUCAUUUGGAAUCAAGAAAAAUUGAUCAACAAGGAACAAGUAAAUCAUCGGUAUUGGAACGUGCCAAUAGGAAGCCGAGAAAUUUGACUAUUGGAUAUUUGACAGCUAUCAAAGGUGGUCUCAAGGACAGACAGGGACUCGCUAUAUCUGGGGCUAUAUCGAUGGCGCUUGAUGAGAUUAAUAAUGAUCCAAACAUACUGCCGGACGUGCGGCUGGUGAUGCGGUGGAACGACACUCGGGGAGAGACAGUUGACGCAACCAGGGCAAUGGUCGACAUGAUUUGCGACGGUGUUGCUGCAUUUUUUGGACCAGAAGGCUCGUGUUACGUCGAAGCCAUUGUAGCACAAUCGAGAAAUAUACCUAUGAUCAGUUAUAAAUGUUCCGACUACAAAGCCUCCAAAGUACCAACAUUCGCCCGGACCGAGCCACCCGACACACAGGUAACCAAGUCACUGAUAGCCCUACUGUUGCAUUACGGUUGGAACAAAUUCACGAUAAUAACCGAGAGUGCGUGGACAACAGUGGCAAAAUCCCUGGAGAAUCAGGCUGCCAAGAACAACCUCACGGUGAAUCACUACAAAACCGUUGAAGAUCGUCACACAUGUUGCGAGGAUCGUUUGCCCUGUUGUCACGUUGGGGUUUGGUUCCAGUUGAUUCAAGAGACCAAGAAUAUGACACGUAUAUACAUAUUUCUCGGUACACCAAUGUCUCUCAUUGAUCUUAUGGGUGCUAUGCAGAAUCAGAGACUCCUUGAUAACGGUGAAUACAUGGUUAUUCACGUUGAUAUGAUGACGUAUUCGCCUAGAGAGGCGCAAAAGUACUUAUGGAAGCCAGAGGAUUACGAUAAAUUGAAGAAUUGUCUCGAGCCCAAGGAUUUUCUCAAACGUGCUAGAUCACUAAUGGUUGUGGCAUCGAGUCCACCCACCCAGAAUUAUGAAGAAUUCACAAAAAGAGUGAGGGAUUACACGUCUAAAGAGCCAUUCAAUUUUCCAGUACCUGAUCUUCUGAUGAAGUACGAGAAGUACGUGUCUAUUCAUGCGGCUUAUCUGUACGAUUCGGUAAAGCUGUAUGCUACGGCAUUGGAUCAACUGAUUCGUGAACAGCCUGAGAGCAGUCUUGAGGAGAUUGUUAGCAAUGGAACGAUGAUCAUUGAAACCAUCAUCAAGAGGCAUACGUAUCAGAGCGUGGGUGGACAAACGAUAAAACUAGACAAAGCAGGUGACUCAGAGGGAAAUUUUUCAGUACUAGCCCUGAAGAAAGAGCACUUUACCCAAGAGAACUUCAGCUGUGAGUUCCAGAUGAAGCCAGUUGGGCAGUUUCAACAGGGUGAAACUCUAGUGUACAGACCAUCGGAGUCCAUGGAAUGGCCGGGAAAGAAUAAACCAGAGGCUGAACCAGGCUGUGGAUUUUUGAAUGAACACUGUCCCAAAGAUGAUACACAUCUUCGUAGUAUCGUUGCUGCUGGUAUUCUAGCUGUUCUACUGUUUUGUGCUGCUGUUAUUACGAUGAGUAUUUACAGAAGAUGGAAAAUUGAACAGGAAAUUGAGGGUCUGCUUUGGAAAAUUGAUCCUAGUGAAAUUCAUGGAUAUCCACAUCUGGAUAAUCUCAUGUCGUCACCUAGUAAAUUAAGUUUAGUUAGCGCAAUGUCAUACGAGUCAAGAUGCGGUGGCCAAGUGUUUGCCCAGACUGGCCAUUACCACGGUGUCGUAGUGAGAAUAAAAGAGCUCAAAUUUUCUAAAAAAAAAGACAUAUCACGUGAUGUUAUGAAGGAGAUGAGAAUUUUACGUGAAAUAAGGCAUGGAAAUCUCAAUUCAUUCAUCGGUGCAUGUGUCGAGCCCAUGAGGAUACUGUUAAUUACCGAUUAUUGUGCCAAAGGAAGUCUUUACGACAUAAUUGAAAACGAGGACAUAAAAUUAGACGAUAUGUUCAUUGCGUCAUUAGUUCAUGAUCUCAUUAAGGGUAUGCUGUAUAUUCAUGAAUCUUCAGUGCUAGUCUGCCAUGGUAAUCUCAAAUCGUCAAAUUGCGUUGUUACGUCACGAUGGGUACUACAAGUGUCUGAUUUUGGUCUUCACGAUAUGAGACACUGCGCCGAGUCCGACAGUAUCGGUGAACAUCAGUAUUAUCGAAAUCUGUUCUGGAAGGCGCCAGAGUUGCUGAGGAACCCCAACGCCCCAAUAAGGGGCACCCAAGAGGGUGACAUCUACUCAUUCGCCAUAAUUCUCUUCGAGAUGAUAGGGAGAAAGGGUCCCUACGGUGGAGUCAACCUAGAGCCCAAAGAAAUAAUUGACCGCGUGAAGCGAUACCCGGAGGACAGUGAGCCACCCUUUCGUCCAAACAUCGACAUUCUGUCUGAAUCGGAGACUGAUUGUGCUGAUUACAUCGUAAGUGCGAUAACUGAUUGCUGGUCAGAGAGUCCAGAGUUGAGGCCAGACUUCAAGAUGAUAAGAAGUAGACUUGCCAAAAUGAAGGCUGGUAGACAUAGAAAUAUUAUGGAUCAGAUGAUGGAUAUGAUGGAGAAAUAUGCCAAUAAUCUCGAGGAUCUAGUCAGUGAGCGCACGCGCCUUCUCUUCGAGGAAAAACAGAAAACUGAGGAUUUGUUGCAUCGAAUGCUGCCAGAACCUGUGGCGAAUUGCCUGACGAAUGGAAUUGGUGUGGAGCCAGAGGCGUUCGAUCUCGUGACAAUCUACUUCAGCGAUAUCGUGGGAUUCACAGCAAUGUCUGCUGAGAGCACACCCUUUCAGGUCGUCAAUUUUCUCAACGAUCUUUACACUAUUUUCGAUCGGAUUAUCAAGGGGUACGAUGUCUACAAGGUUGAGACUAUCGGGGAUGCCUACAUGGUGGUAUCAGGAUUACCAAUCAAAAAUGGUAACAGACAUGCUGGCGAGAUAGCUUCCAUGUCACUGGAGCUCCUGAACGCAGUGAAGCAGCAUACGAUAGCCCACAGGCCACAAGAGACUCUAAAACUUCGAAUAGGAAUUCAUACCGGUCCAGUUGUGGCGGGUGUAGUAGGCCUGACAAUGCCCCGAUACUGCCUAUUCGGCGACACUGUGAAUACAGCAUCGAGAAUGGAGUCUAAUGGAGAAGCCCUGAGGAUUCACAUAAGUGCACAGUGCAAAGAGGCUCUCGACAAAGUUGGUGGUUACAUUAUUGAGGAGAGAGGACUGGUGCAUAUGAAGGGAAAGGGAGAUGUCAAGACUUAUUGGCUGGUUGGAGCCAAUGAAAAGGCCAUUCAGAAGAGAGAGGUGGACGUGGGAGACCUCGCCCCGCUCUUCUGUCGACCCCGUCGAAGCCCCAAAUUGAACCCAGACUCCCGCCAGGCGUCCCUCCUGGGAGGUCUGGGUGCAGGUUCACGACGUACGAGUGCAGUUCCCCGACCGAGCCCAGACGACGCAGUCUCCCAGUGUGGUAAUGCCAGCCCAGUCCCCCGACACCUGCGACUGGGUAAACUCGAGCGAAAUCCCCUCUUCCUCAUCGACAGCCUCUCCAAAACGACCCUGGACAAGGGAACAGUCAGUGAAGAGGCAGAGAUAAGGGCUGCAAACAUCAAACUAGCCCUCGACGAUCUCUUUCUCGAGGGAAAGCCAAAACUCAACAAAAAUGCGAGAGUUUUGUCGACAAUCGCCUCCUCCUCGACCACCUCCGACUAUCCCUCGACAAUAAUUCGAGAGUCCAAGUCCCUGGAUCCAUUCCCCAGUGAUUUCCGCCGUGAAUCCCCUCACUUGAGAUGGAAAGAACCGAAGAAGAGCUUUCGAUCACUCGAGAACUGCGAGAAAUUCACGAGCUCCAAGGAAAAUCUCAAGAGUCUCAACAACAAUUAUCCCAAUGGGGAUGUGAUCCUCAAGGAGAACUUCCAAGAGGAGGUGAAUGCUCCUCUCCUGGGGCACGAAGAGAUGACGGGGACGAGUGAGGGGGAGGGGGAGGGGGAGGGUCUGGGGGGUGUAAAGAGGUGGAGAUCACUGGAUCACGUGGUGACUAAUGUUAGUGGGGAUGGGGUGCCUGAUAAGAAGAGCUCGGCGAGAAAUUCAAUUAGAAGUUGGCUGGUGAAUUUGUUCAAUGGAAAUGGACUGAGGAGUAGUGAAGUGUCGAUUAGGAGAGGGGUCAUUGCUGGGUAUGAGCUGCAGGGGGAGAGGGAGAGCAUUGUUUGAAGCGUUAUGGGGGAGUAAGUGUUUGAAAUUCUUGGGAGUUAUUCUGAGGGGAUUGUCUUGACAAGAGUUGGGUCUAGGGGGAACUAUGAGAAAAGGUUUUUGUGGGGAAUUUCAUCAACUACAAAAAUCAUCUUCUGACAUUUUCUGUUAGAGUCAAGAUUUUCCGUCAAGAUAACCGCAGAUUUAACAAAGUGAAAUUUUGUUGAAAUUGGGGUUGUCAUCUAGAUGAUUGUUCACAUUUUGCUCAAUUUGAGCAUUUGGGGGAAAAUGUCAAGGUGAUCUGAAUGAAAUUUUAGGCAUGAAACUUGGCUACGAAAAUAGUCUCGUAAAUUUCCACUUCGAACAGAGAAAAUAAUCCUCAACUUAUCUCAACUUCUGGGGAAAAUUGGUGAAUACGAAGGGUGCCAGUUAUGAUGGGUGUGAUGAGUCAGUGAAGGACGAUAAGAGCAUCACUAACAAAUAAUUAAAUUCUUUUGUUGCCAUUUUUUACUCGGGUAAUUUUCAUUGCAUGUGAAUGAUGAAUUUUUUAGAAUGAUGAAUAUUUAUUGAGGAAUUUGAAUGGUGGUUAGAUAGGUACUCAGAAGAUUCUACAGAUAUUUAUUAUUACCGAAUGAGGUGAGAAGAGAAUAAUCAGUAGUGAAGUGGUAGGUAGAACACAACAGAACAUGAACAAAAUCAAUUGUUCACGUAUUCUUAAACAUUGAAUUAUCUCGAUGAUAACUGAUUCUAUGGAACAAUGUCGAGAGACGUUUUUUGUUAGAUAUUUAAUCCUCUGCAAAAAGCUUUCUUGACAUUUUUUGCUGAAACUAAUAGUGUUGGAGAUAAUUGCACUAUCAACAAAAAUUAUUUUGUUAAACUGAUGACUGGUUUCAGGAAAAAAAAAUAUGUCAAGGUCUCAUGACAUUUCUCGUCGAACCACUCGUUUUCGAGAUUAAUGGACAAUUGACAAGAACGAAAUUUGAGUCAAGAGACUUCGAUAACUCAUUGAAAUAAUUUUACGAGUUCAUUCAUUUUACCCCUUCACCACUGAUAAUAUCGAAUGAAACAGAGUGACACUGGAAUUUCCAAAAUGACAAAUCCAUUGCACUGAAAAUUCCCCGAAAUUUAUUGUUUUUAUCGCGGAACAACGAUUAGUUAAGUGCAAUUUUUAUGUACAUGAUUUACAGUUACCGAAAGUGUAUAGUUCCAUUCAACUUUAUAUUUUUGUUUAAUUUUUAUCGAAAGUAUGUGACACGGGCCAUUUAUUUUUCAUUUAUCCCCACCAAAAGGUUCAAAAAUUUUUUAUUUUUUAUUUGCGAGAGCGAGAGAAUCGUGUUGUGUGUCGCAGAAUCAAAAUUACUUUUUUUUUAUAUAUAAUUUUUGAGACGAAACGAUAACGAAUUCAUUAGAAUAAUUUCCCGAUGUUUUAUUAAUUCGAGAGAAUAUUCACACUCAGAUGAAAAUAUUGAAGUCGACAUACUGUUCUUUUUUUUUGUUGAUUAUCAGUUAUCAUCACACAAAUACUUCUGUUUAUUUUUUGUUCACUGAAGGAAAGCAAAUUCUUCGUAUGGCUGUGAAAAGUGAACUAUAAUUUGUACCUAAGGUGCUUAGUUUAAUACAAAAUAAAUGGAAAACCGAUAAAAAAAAUAAUGAUUAAAAUAUUCCUAGGUAAUUAAUUAUAAAGAACGUUUACAAAUAUAAAUAUGUAAGGUUGUAAAGAUUAAGAACAAAUGAAUCGACGUCAAGUGUAUAUAAAUUGAAUAAUAAUAUAUCGAUGUAAAGAUAAUAAUUGUGUAAAUUUAAAGAAAGAAAGAUAUGAAAAAAA